AUGGACCUGUUGUUCGGGCGCCGAAAAACGCCCGAGGAGCUGCUGCGACAGAACCAGCGGGCGCUGAACCGCGCCAUGCGGGAGCUGGACCGUGAGCGGCAGAAGCUGGAGACCCAGGAGAAGAAGAUCAUCGCAGACAUCAAGAAGAUGGCCAAGCAGGGCCAGAUGGACGCCGUGCGCAUCAUGGCCAAGGACCUGGUGCGCACACGGCGGUAUGUGCGCAAGUUCGUGCUGAUGCGGGCCAACAUCCAGGCUGUGUCCCUCAAGAUCCAGACACUCAAGUCCAACAACUCCAUGGCGCAAGCCAUGAAGGGUGUCACCAAGGCCAUGGGCACCAUGAACAGACAGCUGAAGCUGCCCCAGAUCCAGAAAAUCAUGAUGGAGUUUGAGAGGCAGGCAGAGAUCAUGGACAUGAAGGAGGAGAUGAUGAACGAUGCCAUCGAUGAUGCCAUGGGGGACGAGGAGGAUGAAGAGGAGAGCGAUGCUGUGGUGUCCCAGGUCCUAGAUGAGCUGGGACUGAGCCUGACGGAUGAACUAUCCAACCUCCCCUCCACUGGAGGCUCCCUCAGUGUGGCUGCUGGUGGCAAGAAAGCAGAAGCUGCAGCCUCUGCCCUGGUGGAUGCCGAUGCAGACCUGGAGGAAAGGCUUAAGAACCUGCGGAGGGACUAA